CUCAAGCAUGGCCGGCCGAGAGCGGGACUCGUAUAUAUUUGAAGAUAAAAUUUUGAAGAUUGAGGCGGAAGAAGCCGUAAAAGAGGUCAGAUAUGCCGUGAAACAUGUGGCAAUAUCAACACAACUGCCAUGUAACGACUAUACCGUCUACAUGAAUGUGGAAACGAAGGAAGGGAACAAAUUGUGUGUGGAGCUGAGUGUUCAAGGGUUCCGUGUGGUUGGGAAGCAGUAUGAUAAAGUCCAGGAGGAGCACAGUUCUAGGUUCUUCGAGACCAUCUACUCCUUGAUGGACGCCUACAGUCCCGAGUAUCGGAACUCGUUUGGUGACGCCUUGUUGUCAAAGCUGAACGUCCUCCACAGCCAGCAGCAGGCAGGAACAGACCAGGAGAGUGCCGAGAGCUGACAGGAGACAUAGGAGUUAUAAGAGCUCCCCCACGAGACAUCAAUCCAAUUUCCUCAGUUAGUCAGCUCCACAGUGGGGACCUUAGACUUCACUCUCUGCUGUAGAAUUGUCUAGACAGCUAGCAGGACAUGAGACACCAACACAAGACUUCAACUGGUUUGGGUCAAAUGACAUCACCAGACAUGCACAUUUGUUAGGAAUCCUCUGUUCAGCAGGAGACCAGUCUCCCCCAUAUUGAUUCUGCCUUGUUUAGUAUACCCAGGGGAGUGAAGUAUACCCAGGGGAAUGGAGUCAUGCACAGGGGAGGCACCACUGGGCAGAGACACCAUAGACAGUGACACCAUAUCACAGAUACACCAUAUCACAGAGACGUCAUAUAUCAGUUUGUCUAUUUGUCGUUUAGAACUUAACUAGUCCAAGUCGACGUUUGUUUCUGAAGACACCUACAAUGAAAUGGAAUUAAUGGAAAUCAUCCAAGACAGCUCAGAGUUGCCCAGCUUAUUUCACAGUCAAGUGAGAAUUCACAGGAUUUGGAAUAGGAUGGGACCAGAAAUAAUGGCAUUUCAGGAAAUGUGGGGCAUCUACAAGUAACAGCUUAUGAUUUAUCCACGGAUAUUUUUUGGUUGUUUCCUUUUGAAUAACAGUCUAUGCACAACAGAACGUAUUCCAAUCUUUUCAUGUAACUUUCUAAAGAAUUCUUACACAGCAUUCCAAACACAUAGUUUCAUCCCUAUUACUGAAAAAGUUACCCCACAUCAGGUAGAUUCUAAAACCUGUACAUUUUCAUUUUAUAUGACAUCACAGUGCCAACAGCCUCAUUAUCAUCUCGGAUGAUUUCCAUUAUAGUAUAAUGAUUAUGAACCGUAGUCCUACUGGUGCGCCCUGAGUUACACGGGGUACUGGGUCCUGGUUCGUGAGCCCCACCCUCCCCACACCUCCGUUGAUCCCAUUACCUGAACCCUGUAAUCUCUGUAACUCUGGGUCCGCCAGAACGACAAGUUUGAAAAUACCCCCUGUGAAAUUCUGUCUCAUUUAACGCUUAAUUAUGGUUCUCAAUCUGUUCUAGAACAUAAUGUUUUUUCUCUUUUAAUGAAAAAUGUUCUUAAUCUGUUCUAGGACAUUCUGAAGGACUUCCCCAAAAACAGUUCUCGAACUGUUACAUAGAUUACAGAACAACAUAAAAACUUUAAAAAAAGAUGUUCUAGAAUAUAUUGAGAACCGUAAAAUGAGAAAUUUUCGCAGGGGGCUCUUUGUUCAUUGUACGCACAGUUAUGAUGCAGAGGAUAUUAGAUUAGUCAUUCCCCAAGUAAACAUUCUAUCAAGUACUUCAUCAUCAGUUAUUAUAGCUUUUGCAGCACAGUUAGUAUACACAGUGUAGGAUAAAUACUGCUUAUAAUUAUACACAGUACACCACAGUAGCUGUGGUCAUAUAAUUUAUACUGGGCAUAGCACAAAUUAUUCCUUAUUAUUCAUUGUUAAGUUAAAUAAUGUGUAGUGUCGUUGUCGUACAUGAAAUGUAUUUAUAUCGUGUAAUUUAAGAUAUCAUAUAAAAGGUGCUUUAAAAUUAUUUAUCAUUUGCCGCUCAAACCACUUGCUACAGUGAUAUUUGUGGGUAGCAAAAGUGAUAGUGGAAAAUCUUAGAUCUAUUAUGGAGUAAGUGUGAUUGUGUUUGUCUACGUGUACAGUACAGUAAAUGUGAGCAUAGCUUCCACGAGCUGCAAUACUGGUACAUGUAGCUAUAGAUCAAAAGUUCUGGAAACAACGUUGUUUCAGGCGCUGACUCACACCUUAGGGACAGAUUAGCUGAGGAGGGGGAAAUCUCCAUCGAAAUGCUUUUUGAAAUUGGUUAAGCGUUGUCAAGGAGAAUGCCCCAGUGUGUUUUAUCACGGCGGCGAGGGUGAUUGCAAAAAUUUUUUUAAAAAAUUCAACUGAGCAGGGAAAAAGCUACCCUGAGUUUUGUUCUAGCGAGGGUUUCCUGCACUUCCAAUAACGUCCAGUGCGUGCAAGAAGGGAAUUCGUAGCCUUCGUUUUAAUCCAGAUAUGGCACCUGUUCUUUCAUAAUGAGGGGUCAUUUAGGUGGUCACUCGGUUCCCUAGUGACCUGUCCACCAGUGAUGUCCCCAACGUGAGCCGCAGCGUCCUGUACAUUUAAUGCGACGUUUGCACGCGCCUUUGUCAUCUGAGUUGCUGGUUUAAGUAUUAAGAUAUUGUUAUAUUUUAUAUUGUCCGCUUUGAGAUAUUUUAUCUUUAUAUUGUACAGGUAUUACGUAUGUAAUUAUCUUCAUCUAGGUGUUUGGACGAAUAAUUGUCCUAAGCUUGUGAUAAUGCUAUUUGCUCGGAUGAAAUGAAAACCGUCAUUAAUGUGAUCUGGGGUGCUGGUUGUUGCCACGCUAUGUUGACGUCAACGCUUUAGUCUGUAAGAAAUCGCCACGUUGUACAUUGUAAGUGCGUGUGCAAGACGACCAAUUCGUGACGUGUGUACGUGCCUAGAAUGGAAAAUCAUUUCCUGUUUUCAGGAAAAGAUCAAGAGUACUCAAUCAAAAUUACUUAGAAAUUGUCGGUGGCUUGGCGUUUUACACGACAUUUUUAUGAUAAAUGAGGCUUGCGUUUUUUUCUGAUAUGACCAUUAUUUUAACUUUUGUUAUUUAUAAGAUCUCUUAUCUUUUCGGAAGACUAUGUAUUUCUUUACAUGGAGAGUGUCUUUAAAAUGCAAUAAAUAUUUACCAAUUCAGUUUUGUUUGUGGGGCAGUAUUAUAAGUUUUUGCACAUUGCAAAGUAGAGGAUGUCAAAAAACAAAGGAAAUAACGUAUAAAUAACCUGCGUUUGAAGUGGGAUUUUGAGCCUAUUAUUCAUGGAAUUGAACUGUCAUUAAUAUUAAUUUAAAAUAUUAAUGUUUCUCCCUCACUCUCUGUAGCAGACUCCGUGGAACACUGAGAAUACUCGCUUAUAAGUUCGAUUUUUUUAAAAAUAAAGACAAUAGUAAGAAGAAACGUUAUAAAGGCAUCAUUAUUCGUGUACUUAUGCUAGCUAGCCCUGUAUUUGAUAUGAAUGAAAAAAAUUCAAGCACGCCUGGUUUCUGCCGUGAUUAACUGCCUCACUAUUCUGGGUUUAGUCAAGUACCGCUGCAGUACGGAAGAACAGACUUAAACAUUUGCACUAAUCGUGGUUGAGAUUCCGCUUGACGUACAUCCGUCUUCUCUACUGCAAUAGUUGUCAAUGCUUUUUAUUGCAUGUUGUAAUUCAACUAAAUUCUGAGGUUCGUUUUGUGAAUGCCAGAUAUGUUAUUAAGGUAUUUGGAAUGUAUUUAUUUUAUGAAAAGAAGGUUUUCUUAAGGAUGGUUUACAGGAUUCUGUAUUGUUAAUUAAGUUCAGAACCGCUUUUAGUAGAAACGUUAUAACAUUACAAGCUGUUUAAUGAGUUAUUACAAAUGAACUUAAUUGUUUCUGCAUUAUUGUCUACAAAUAUGUCAGUUUUAUUUGAGAAGAAAGUAGUAUUUUGUCUGAGAAAGUCAGCAGUCAGCUGCGCGCGCUAGGCUUAAUUUAUUCAAGUUUGUUUUUAUGGAAAUACCAGUACGUAAUGGAACAAGUGUUUAAACUGU